UUUUGAAAGUUUAAAUGAUAACAUCUAAUAUUAAAAAAAUAAAUAUAGUGAAAUUAAAUUAAUUUUGUCCAAUUUUCACUGGAAUUAUAAGAACAAAAGCUUUGCUCAUUCCACAUUUAUUUAUAACACUAGUGUAGGAACCCGCACGACGCGGCGGAGUAAAAAUUUUUAUAUUAAAUAAACAAAUAUGAAACAGUAAAAAAAAAAGAAUAUAAUUAUAUUUGAUUAAAUCUAAUAAUAUGAAAAAUAUAUAGAAACUUUUAUAAUGGAAUUACAAAUCAACAAAAGAUAAUAAGAACUAUAGGAGAAGAAAAUUUGUUAUAUAGAUAUCGAACCCUUUCGCACCCUUAUUUAAGGCUUUCGUUGCCGACGCCGGCGAUUACGUGAGGUACCACAAUGCCUUCAACCCCUUUCUUGAUGACUCCAUAUUUUAGUCAAUACUUAUUGUCUUCGAGGACCAUUAGAAGAGGAAACACCUCCUUUGUAUAAUUAUGCAAUAUAAAUUUAAGUACAAACAUUAUAUAUUUUCUUAUAAAUGGUAGACCAAGGGCCACUAAAAAUUAAAUAAAUGUGAGUAAAUGCAACGCAAAACGAAGAGCCAUUUGAAAAAAUAAAAUAAAAGUAAUUUUUUAGAAACCAAUGCCUCCUCCUCCGCUUCCUCUUUCCUCCUCACCAAGAAGAACCCUAGAAGAAUCCUUAUACAAACCACCUCUUCUUACUCCCCCCAAUCUCCUCCUCCUACUCCGACGACACCAUCGGUGGAACGGAACCGAAGAUGGAAGAAGGUGCCCCCCGACAUGGGACCUCCCGUGGAGCUGAGCUUCGUCGAGGGCGAGGGAGACGCUACGGGGGCGGAGGGCUCCUCCUCUGCCCAAUUGGCCCGUGGCCAUGAAGCGGGAGUGGGUGUGCGGCGAUUAGGGUUCUUACGGAGGCGAUCGAUUUGGAGAAAGGUUGUAUCUUUCGUGCCGACGAAGAUUCGGAGCAUCGUCUUACUCAACGUCCUCAGCGUUAUCUUUGAUAGGCGAAUGGAUUAUGCCGAUAGACCUGCUGGUGCUAGAUCGGAUGUGGGGAUUCGACGUUAUCUUGGGAACCAAUUGGCUUUUCAAGUACUAUGCGGUCAUAGACUAUGAAAGCAAGGUAAUCACUUUUCGUGAGCCUAACCAGGAGGAGCUGGUAUAUUGAGCGUGUAAAAGCUCGCGCUUCGCGGCGACUAUAUCUGCGGCGAGGGCGAGGAAAAUGAUCAAAGGAGGGUGUAAGACCUAUUUGGCAACCAUGGUGGAUGCUCGAAGGGAGUACCCAGAGCUUGAGAGUAUAAGAGUAGCGUGCGAACAAAUAUCGAGAAAAAUGUAGUUCAAAGAUGGAAACAUGUGGAGUAACUGGGCCGGUUUGAUCCAAUGCAACAAGUUUAUCCGGUUCAAUUCAAGUAAAGAAAUAGAAAAAUCAGAUUCGAUUCAAGUAAAGAAUAUAUAUAUAUAUAUAUAUAUA